AUGAACUCUCAUUUUUCCCCCUCUCUGCUUUUUUAUUAUUAUUCUACAAUAUACGUUUUCUCUUUCUUUUUACAAUCUCUUUUCUCGUGUGUACCCUCACUUUCUCUCUCUCUCUUUCCCCUUUCUCUUUCCACGUAUGCACUCUCACUCUUUCUUUCUCUCUUCCCCCUCUCUUUACUCAUAUGCGUUUUCUCUUUCUUUUUACAAUCUCUUUUCUCGUGUGUACCCUCACUCUCUCUCUCUUCUCUCUCUUCCUUUCCUUUCCACGUAUUACUCCCUCACUCUUUUUUUCUCUUCCUCCUCUUUUACUCAUAUCGUUUUCUCUUUUCUUUUAAAUCUCUUUUCUGUGUGUACCUCACUUUCUCUCUCUUUCCCCUUUCUCUUUCCACGUAUGCACUCUCACUCUUUCUUUCUCUCUUCCUCCUCUCUUUACUCAUAUGCGUUUUCUCUUUCUUUUUACAAUCUCUUUUCUCGUGUGUAAUCUCUCUUUCCCCUUUCUUUUCACGUAUGCACUCUCACUCUUUCUUUUCUUCCCUCUCUCUUCCCCUUUAUACAUUUUCUUUUUUUUUUUUACAAUCUUUCUCGUAUACUACCCUCACUUUCUCUCUCUCUCUCUCUCUUUCCCCUUUCUCUUUCCACGUAUGCACUCUCCUCUUUUUUCUUUUCCUCUCUUUUACUCAUAUGCACUUUUCUUUUCUUUUUCUUUCUUUUCUCGUGUGUACCCACUUUCUUUCUCUCUCUCUUCCCUUUCUCUUUCCACGUAUGCACUCUCCUUUCUUUUCUCUCUUCCUUUCUUACUCAUAUCGUUUUUCUUUCUUUUUACAAUCUCUUUUCUCGUGUGUACCCUCUUUCUCUUUCUCUCUUCCCUUUCUCUUUCCACGUAUGCACUCUCACUCUUUCUUUCUCUCUUCCCCCUCUCUAUACCCAUAUGCGUUUUCUCUUUCUUUUUACAAUCUCUUCUCUUGUAUGUACCCUAACUUUUUCUUUCUUUUCUGUCUUUUUCUUAUAUGA